UGCGAUGAAUAGGGAAGUGUAAAGUUUAGUGACUGCGAUAUUAAACAGAACCAUGUCGUUUCACGCGUGUGGUUGCGAGACUACUUGGGUGAAUCCAUCCAUAGCCGAUACUUGUUCCGGAAAUCAGUAUGUCGUUUUUAUGACUUUGGUUGAUAUGCUAAUAAGAUACGCAUGCAAAAUCUCAGAUCCAUGUGGCAGAAUCAUUCCAAAAACACAACCGGCUGCGCAAUAUGACUUUAUUGUAAUAGGCGCCGGUAGUGGAGGUUCGACAAUAGCUGGAAGAUUAGCUGAAGUAAAUGAAUGGAAUACGCUUUUGUUGGAAGCUGGCAUGGAUGAACCUCCAGCGACACAGAUACCUGCAGUACCGGCCUUUACUAAUACUCUGAUUGACUGGAACUUUACUACCCAACAAGAAUCAGGUGCUUGUCUAUCUUCAAAUGGAAUUUGUUCAUGGCCUAGAGGUAAAGUACUUGGAGGUUCCAGUGUUUUCAAUGGAAUGAUGUACAUGAGGGGAACACCGGCUGAUUAUCAAAGAUGGGUUGAUGCGGGAAAUACCGAAUGGAGUUACGACGACUUACUCCCAGUAUUUAAAGCGUCGGAAGGAAACAGACAAGUGGGCAGCUUGGUUGAUGAAAAAUACCAUGGAACUAAGGGUCCGUUUACCAUUCAGCAGUUUAAUAGUCAUCCUAAGCUUGCUGAAGAUAUCCUCAUAGCUGCUAACCAAAGCGGAUGGCCUGUAUCCAAUGAUUUAAAUGGGGAUCAAUUUGUGGGAUUUGCUAUUGCCCAGACGAAUAAUAGGGACGGUGCUCGCCUCAGUUUGGCCAAAGCUUUCGUCAGACCGCACAAAAAUAACGAUAACUUCGACGUCAUGAUAAACUCUACAGUUACUAAAAUUUUAAUUGAAGGUGAUGGCGACAACAAAAGGGCUUAUGGAGUUGAAUUUGUUUAUAAUGGAACUACUUAUACGGUUAAUGCAACUAAGGAAGUCAUUUUAGCUGCAGGUGCUGUACAAACACCACAAAUUCUAUUGCUUUCUGGUAUUGGACCAAAAGAGGAACUGGAUGCUGUAAAUAUUGAACAAGUUCACAACCUGACAGGUGUUGGAAAAGGUAUAAAAAAUCACGUCUCCUUCUCAAUCGUUGGUACCAUCAACGAGACAGAUGUGGUGGAUUUAAAUGACGAAUCGUUAGCACAGUACCUUUCCAAAGGAACCGGGCCUCUCAGUGGUACUGGAAUGUCUCAGCUCACAGCCAGAAUUCCUAGCAACUAUACUUCACCAGACGAUCCAGAUAUUCAACUAUUCUUCAGUGGGAUGUCCAACACUUGCGCUUACAGCGGCUUGCCAGGUUUACCCACAGAUCCAGAAGACCCUAGCGCUUUAAGGGUGCUGAGCAUCGCAUGCGUCAAUUUACAUCCGAAAAGUUCUGGGCAAAUCAGCCUUUUAUCGAACAAUCCAUUGGACCCACCUAAAAUCGUAGCCAACUACUUUAACCAUUCAGAUGACAUUAAAGUGGUUCUAGCUGGCGUAAGAAUUGCUCAAAAACUGAUGCAGUCAAAAAUAAUGCAAGAGAAAUACAACUUUACCCUUCAGCAGUAUGAUUACGGAAACUGUUCCAGCCUUUAUGAAUUUGAUACAGAUGAUUUCUGGGAAUGUGCAAUUCGCUACGAUACUUACCCUGAAAAUCAUCAAUCUGCUUCGUGCAAAAUCGCUCCUCAGAGCAAUGAAGAGGCCUGCGUCAAUCAGAGACUGCAAGUUUACGGUAUUUCUAAUUUAAGGAUCACCGAUGCCUCCGUGAUCUAUACUCCAACAUCUGGUAAUAUCCAAGCUAUAAUCGUGGCUAUCGCAGAGCGUGCCAGUCAGUUUAUCAGGGAAGACUAUGGUAUUGAUUCACAAAUAUAAAAAAACAACUUUCGAGAUGUUAGUACAGUUUAUAGACGUUAUUUAUUAAGGUGAAAAUAUAUUUGUAAUGUUCGUCAAAAUUCAUUAGCAGUGUUUUAGAAUAGGCGCUAGAUUUAGUAAUGUGUAAGUCUAUUCUAUUUAGAUCAAUUUUGUAUUAUAUUUUUUGUAUGCCUUUGUAAUCAAUUUUUCCUAAUAAAUGUUUCUAUAAGAG